GAUGUUAGUUAACCAGUUCUAUAGAAGCACAAAUCACAAUUUGAUGCAGUAUUGUGGUCACUUAGACUGGGACUUAAUAACGAGUUAUAUAUACAAGUGAAUUGUUCAGGAACUAGAUUGUUUAGAAUUUAUUUAAAUGUGUGUUUUUGUCUUAGGGCAUUACGAAUUUUAGUGGAUAUAUAUUUAACCUUUAAAUACCAUAAGCUUGUGUCACGUGUAUGUUUAGACAAAUAUGUAAUACUGAUACAAACAGACUGAUGUAUACGAAGGUGUUUAUCUGAUAAUUUUUGCGCAAUUAGUGCAUUACGUUGUUUACAAAGUGGCCUUAUAUAUAGGAGUAUUUUUGUUCAUUUUAUUCACAAUUUAUGCAAUUAUAACGUAAUCUCACUAAUAAAGAAUAUAUUUGAAUGAAAUUGGUGUAAAAUUGUCCGGGAAUAGUUACAUAUUAUUUUGUAAUAAAAUGGCACAAGAACUACCAAUAAAAGUAAAGGAAUCUAUUCAGAAAAUAAUACAAAGAGAAAACUUUGUAUCUCACGAUGUUGAAACAAAGAAAAUAUAUCCAGAUGGAUCUGGAUUUAUGGGCGACUUAUAUGUUGUAGAUGUCAGAGGAACAACAAAAGACGGCCGCAAAGAAAUGAGUUUGUUUGUUAAGCAAAUUAUACACAAUGCAGAACGUAUAAGUAUUUAUUCGGUCGAAGAUAUCUUUGCAAGAGAAGCAUUGGCUUAUAGAGAGCUCUGUCCGGUUUUCGAAGAUCUUCAAAUCGAAGCUGGAAUACCUGAAAACGAGAGAUUUAAAAUGGUAAAAAAACAAGAAUGUACAAAAGACGUUAUCAUUUUAAAGAAUGUUUGUAAGAAAGGCUAUAAAACGUACUACAGAAUGGACGUAGUGUCUCCGAAAUUUGCGGAAUUGGCUAUCAAAGAAUUGGCGAGAUUCCAUGGUCUCUCAUUGGUUUUGGAAAAGCAGCGUCCGAAAUAUUUCGAUGAGGUAUUCAAGUGCUUGAAACAACCUUUUAUUUUCGGUGAAGCUUGGAAUGAUUUCGUGGGAAACGUUUCUAAAUCGUCAAUAAAACUUUUGGACGAUGAUAAAAGAGAGAAAUAUGGAGAUAAGAUCAUGAAUAUUGUUCAUAAAUAUGAAGAUUAUAUUUCGGAUACCAAACACUUUAGUACUUUAUGUCAUGGUGAUUAUAAAAAUUGCAAUAUUAUGGUUAAAGAAAAGAACGGAGCCUGCUUCGAAGUUUUGCCAAUUGACUUUCAAAUCCUCCACUACGGGUGUCCUAUUAACGACCUCAUAUACUUCAUCUUCACCGGAACGGACCAGGCGUUCAGAAAAGAGCAUAUGGAAAACUUGAAAGACCUAUACUAUGAGACUUUGAAAAAUUUUGUUUCGAAUUUCGGCGUGAGACUAACGGAGGUGAUAUCGAAAGGAGAAUUCGAUGAACUAUUCAAAUCGAAGCUGGAUUUUGGUUUAAUGAUUAACUGCUUUUACGUGCCGUUUAUGUUCUCGGCCGAGAACGAUGUGCCUGACGUCACUGAGCCCUUAGGUGAUAUAAGCUUCAAGACGGAUGAGAGGUUCGGGAUUCGAUUUAGAGAGGUAGUCGACGAUUUUAUAGAAUGGGGCUAUUUGUAGCGAUUGUAUUAGUUUCCAAAUAUUAAAAAGAAAUAUAUAUAUAUAUACACUAUAUAGAAAUACAUAUAUCACAAAGCUUAAAAUUUUUAUGUCCGUGUUGAAUUAAGGAAUAAUGUAUUGUAAAUGAUAUAAAGAUCAUAUUAUUUUAUAAAUGCGUAAUAAAUGUAAAUCAUAAAUAAAAAUGAAGAUAUAAGCGA